AUGCUUCAACAAUACUUGAAGGAUCAAGCUGAGAGUACAAAGAAGAUGGAGAAGAGAAUCGAUUUCAUCCAUGAGAGCCUUGGAAACAAAUCUGAAGUCAUAUUCAAGCAAGUGAUCAAGCUUGAUGAAGACAUAAAGAAGCUUAGAGAAGACCAUGAUCGAUCUCUAAACCUUAUAAGGCUUGAUGUUGCUGCAAAAUAUCAAGAGUUACUCAACAAGAGCAUGAAGAUUGAAAAUACCAACUAUGACAAUAGCAAGCAUCUUGGUUCGAUCUACAACCGCCUACAAGCCCUUGAAGGAUCAUCCUACUCAAAGUACAAGAGAGAGAGAAGUCCAACACCCAACCUCCCUCCCUUUCCUUGCAAUGCUGCAAGAGCCAUUCAUAGAAGAGGCAACAAUCGCCAAGUCCAUGAGGACAAUAAAGAAGAAGAAAGAGAAUAUGAGGAACAACUUGAUGAUGAAGAUGUGGAGCAGAACAUCGACAUCAAUGCUUCUCCAAAACAGAGCAGGGACACACCUAGCCCAACUGACCCUCGUUUCUCACCACCACCACGAAGCCAAGCUUCUGAGCUUCCAAGAUUGGAAGUGAUACAAAGACCACCACCUACUGAAGAAGAAGAUACUUGGUCCUAUGAUCCCAUUGAUCCAAACAAGAUAAGCCCCUUGAAGCUUAAGGAGUUCAAUACUAAGAUGAAAUCAGGAAGUCAAGCAAGCAGUUAUAGAUUUGAAGUAACACUAACAACCUAA